CUGUGUUCAGUUGAGAUAGCUGCAGUUGAUGUGAAGAAAUGGAGGCAAUCUUCAGUGCUCUUGGCUUGGAGUGGUUAGAUGGCAGAAGUUUGUUAAUAUUUUUCUGUGUUUUCCUGCUGUUGGCUGAUGUUUUGAAGAACAGAGUGCCGAAAAACUUCCCUCCUGGACCGUGGGCUCUACCCUUCAUUGGUGAUCUUCAUCGCAUUCAACCUACAAGACUUCAUCUGCAGUUCACAGAGUUUGCAGAGAAAUAUGGAAACAUUUUCAGCCUUCGUCUCUUUGGAGGAAGGGUUGUGGUCAUCAAUGGCUACAAGCAUGUGAAAGAAGCCCUGGUCCAACAAGGAGAAGACUAUGUAGAUCGUCCCUCUGUGCCGUUGUUCACUGAAUUGUUUGGGAAUAAAGGUAUCGUGAUUUCAAAUGGUAAUCCAUGGAAGCAGCAGAGGAGAUUUGCUCUUCAUACACUCAGAAACUUUGGUCUGGGAAAGAAGACUCUGGAGCUGUUUAUCCAGGAGGAGUGUCGAUAUCUCACAGAGGCGUUCGCAGAUCACCAAGGCAAGCCUUUUAAUGCCCUAAAUUUGAUACACAGUGCUGUGUCCAACAUCAUCUGCUGUUUGGUGUUUGGGCAUCGAUUCGAGUACACUGACAAGCUGUACCAGUCCAUUCUCCACAACUUUAAUGAGGUAGUGCGCUUACAGGAGGGUAUAUUGAUCCAGAUUUACAACACAGUACCCUGGUUGAUGAGGUGGCUGCCUGGACCUCAACAGAAGAUAUUCAGUCAUUUCAAACAGAAUAUGGACUUUGUAGAAAUGAAGAUCAAAGAACACAGAGAAACCCUCGACCCCUCAUCACCAAGAGACUACAUCGACUCUUUCCUCAUUGAAAUGGGAGACAAGGAGGACAAAGAAGCUGGUUUUGAUCUCAAAAAUCUGUGUGCUUGUGCUCUUGACCUGUUUGGUGCUGGAACUGAAACUACUACCACUACUUUACGCUGGGGUCUGAUGUACAUGAUCCACUAUCCUGACAUACAGAAGAGAGUCCAGGCUGAGAUAGAUGCUGUGAUUGGUUCAUCCAGACAGCCCUCCAUGACUGACAGAGAAAACAUGCCCUAUACUGAUGCAGUCAUCCACGAGAUACAGAGAAAUGCCAACAUCGUCCCGCUCAAUGUGGUUCACAUGACUCACAGGGACACCACACUGGAUAAGUACACAAUCCCAAAGGGCACCAUGAUAAUACCGUCUCUGCACUCAGUCCUCAAUGAUGAGUCGAUGUGGGAAACUCCACACUCCUUCAACCCUCAGCACUUCCUGGACCAGGACGGUAAAUUUAAGAAAAGAGAGGCCUUCCUUCCAUUUUCUGCAGGGAAGCGGGUGUGUCUCGGGGAACAGCUGGCCAGGAUGGAGUUAUUCCUCUUUUUCACCUCCCUCCUUCAGAGAUUUUCAUUCUCUGCACCUCCUGGAGAGAAACCCACACUGGAGUACACCAUGGGAGGCAUUCGCACACCCAAACCAUACCGCCUUUGUGCCACAUCACGAUAAACCACAACUCACAAUAAAUGAUUGUGUGUUCCACUACAUUUGUCUUGUAAUGCAUCAAGAAUGUCUGCUGUAUAUUUUUAUUUGUCUAUGGGUUGAGUUAAAAUAUCAUUGGAAAGUAAUUUCAGUCAGCAGACCUUUUCAAUAAACCAUUUUACGUUGUUAAAGUAAUCUACUGCAGUCGAGAAAAAACUUUUACGUACACUUGUAAAGACCGUUUAUAUCGUGGCAGUCUUCAGUCCAGUCACUUCUAGAACUCUUAAUUUUUUAGGAUGGAAGUACUGAAACGUGCCAUGACAAAAUAAUCAUACACCUAUAAAAAUCAUUUGAAAAUAUUUUAAACCAUUAUGCCUUUUCAAUAAACGGUUACACAUUAUUGAAAUAACCUAUUGUAUUCAAACAUACAAUAAAAUCCUGUGAACCUUACACUUCUUAACAAAAAUCGCUGGGAACAAUCAUUUCCACAACAAAUUAAUUUUGUCAGACUUGGAAAAACAUGAUUUGUGUGUAAAUCAAUAAACUGUGAUGAACUCAUGCUUCUCAUGCAGA